AUGGUUGAAGUUACCAUAUACUUUCAUCAUGGUGGUGAGUGGCUAACCAGUCCAGAACCACAUUAUGAUAGAGGAUGUGUGACUUAUUGGAAAGGGUAUGAUCCUGACCUAAUAUCUUUUAUUGACUUAGUGAAUGAGUACAUUAAUAAGUUAGAUUUUGUUGGUGUGCAAGAACUUAUUGUACUUGCUCCAACUGGGAAAUAUUUUGAAAUAAUAGGUGAUGAGGGAGUUAAGACCUUAACAUCUUUUAUCUCUACUGAGUAUAAAUCUAUUCACUUGUUUGCUACUGAAGAUUGUGAAUUGUCUGUUGAUGUAACUGAUAUUAUCAUGCAUGAUGGGUCAUUUCUACUUUCACCAAUUGUUAAUGAGGGCACAGACUGUAGUGAAAGUGAAGAUGACAGUAAUAAUGGAAUGGUGUUUAGUUGUUCAGAUUAUGAUAGAGAUGAAUUAGAAAAUUUUGUUACUAAAAAAAAGAGGAAUAUAACUGAUAGUUUGCAAGAUUAUAAGGAGAUUGUUAAGGGUAUGGCCUUCAAGGACAUAGCUGAAGCAAAACAGUUUUGUAAACUUUAUGCUCUAGCUAAGAAGGUAGAACUAGUUGUGGUGAAAAAUCAUAUAGAGUGUGGAACAGCAUAUGAUAACUCUUUAGUAGAUUACUCAACAAUAGCCUUGUAUUUUAAGGACAAAUUGCAAAGUGACCCCAAAUACAAGGUCAAAGAAAUGAAGGCUGAUUUACAUAGAGUUUUUGAGCUAAAUGUAAGUGAAGCAAAGUGCAAGAGAGCCAAAAAAGAGGUAUUGGAGAGUUUAGAAGGUAGCUUUGUAGACUCUUACAAUAAGUUAAAGGGUUAUGCUACUGAAUUGAGAAGUUGUAAUACAGGGUCUGACAUUGUGAUAGAUUUGUCUAAACAGGCACUAUCUAAUGGUAAGAGAAAAUUUCUUAGGAUGUAUAUCUGCUUCAAGGCAAUGAAGUUGGGUUUUAAGUCUGGGUUAAGACCACUUAUUGGGUUAGAUGGUACAUUCCUUAAAGGGAAAACUAAGGGACAGGUAUUGUGUGUUGUUGGUCAAGACAGUAAUAACUCUUUCUACCCUCUAGCUUGGGCUGUGGUAGAUAAAGAGACUAAGAGAACUUGGACAUGGUUUAUGCAACAUUUGCAACAUUCACUUGAACUUCAAAAUGGUGAAGGACUGACAUUCAUAUCAGAUAUGCAGAAGGGGCUGCUUGAAGCAGUAAGGACAGUCUUACCUGAAGCACAUCAGAGAUAUUGUGCAAGGCAUAUUGAGGCAAAUUGGUGCAAAAGAUGGGGUAAAGGUGAGCUGAAAAAGUUGCUAUGGUGGGCUGCAUGGUCAUCAUUUACAGAGGAGUUUGAGGACCAACUUCAAGAGAUGAAGGAAGUUAAUGGAGAGGCUGGACAGGAUUUAAUAAACAAGUAUCCUCCCAAAACAUGGUCCAGAGCUUAUUUAGAUACAGUGUGCAAAAAUCAGGCUAUGGACAAUAACUUUACUGAAUCAUUCAAUGCCUGGAUACUUGAAGCAAGGUACAAGCCAAUUAUUGGAAUGUUGGAAGACAUCAGGGUCAAAACAAUGGAGAGGCUGGCAGCAAAAGAGGUUGCUGUGAGAAAGUGGAAAGAUGAUGGAUUUAGUCCCAAAAGUGAGUUGUUGUUUAUUCAGUAUUUGAAGAUUUCCAAGGUUUGUAAGGUGAGUGGCAAUAGGGAUAAUGGCUAUGAGGUUACUGAAGGUGCAGAUAGACACAUUGUCAACUUAAGAGAUAAAAAAUGCACAUGCAGAACAUGGGAUCUGACUGGAAUUCCAUGUCCACAUGCAAUUAAGGCCAUGGAGCACAAGAAAAUGAUACCAAAGAAAGAAAUUCAUUGGUAUUAUAGUAAAGAGGCAGCAUUGGCAGUUUACAAACACAAGUUACAACCUAAUUGGUCAAGCUUGUUGGUAGACCUAAGCUUAUGA